AUGUGUGAUGCUCGUUCUGUCAAGUGCGCGCCAGGUAGUGCAGUGCAGGGCAGGGCCACCAAAGCAGCAUCCAUCGACCUGCGAGCGAUGUUCUCCGCCGCACGCUUCGUCAUCCCCGUGGGCAUCCACCCGCAGCCGCGCGGCCUCGCCGCCCCCGGCCGCCACGCGCUGGCGCUCACCGCCGUGUCGGCCAGGCCUCGCCGGGGAGGAGGAGGCCCCCGCCGCGACCUCCGCUCAUGGGACGACGACGGCGGCGGCGGCAGCGGCGACGAGGCCGACGCCAUCGACGAGAGCUUCUUCGGGGAUCAGGACGAGGACGAGCCAGAAGAGGAAGAGAAUCCCCCGGGCCGACGACAGCUCGCCUCGCCAGAGCCGGCGCUGCGCGGGACGGACGUGCUGCGGGCGCUGCAGCGGGCGGCCGCGGCCAAGGAGGAGGCCAAGAAGAAGAAGCAGCAGAAGCAGAAGAGCCCGGCGCCGCGGCGGCGGGAGGAGAAGGGCGGCGGCGGCGUGAAGCAGCUCGAGGUGACGGGGGAGGUGCGGCCGAUAGAGAUAAGGCCCGACUGGGCGCCGCGGAUCCGGGAGCUGGAGCUACGGGUGCAGCAGCUCCUCGCCAAGCACCAGUAGGCAGGCUCGGCCGGCCAUUGGGCGUCUCGUCUUCCUUGGUCCAUCCAAAGGCUGAAAGGCUGCUGUUUUAGAAGAUCGAUCCUGCGCCUAACUGACAGUCGCUCGUUGAGAUGUUAAACUUGUUCUCGAUUAAAAAGCAUGGUUUGGUUAACUUGUUUCUAGUCAGAAGUCAGAACUCAAACUCACAAGUUGAUUCUUCUUGGUGAAGCAUGCAUGCUCUGAGACUCUGAGCUGAUGUGCUAUGGGUUUUUAAGAAGUGUAUUGGAGUA